UUUGUUAACCAAUAGAAGAAAUUCAUCAUGUUGAUUAUCAGAGGUAUACGCAUGGCAUACAAACCGGCCUUAAAGCCUCUAUGUCUGGUUAAACUUGCGGCCAUGAAUCCACCCAAAAAAUGUUUGCAAAUCAUGCCGCACGCAAAUCAACUCUUCACGAACGAUUCGAAGGAGCCUCCUAAAAUAAUUACUGAAUCUCUCUCUAGUGGAGCCGAUCCUAAGUCUGAGGAAGUCUCAGCUGCUUCACAGGUAGCUGUUUCGCCAUCUGCAAGUUCGCAUGCGGCUGCAGCGCAGGAAACCAUUUCGUCAUCUACAAAUGCCCAAUCCGCCGGGCAGCAGAAAUCGGCUGCUUUCUCAUCAGAUGUGUACGUAUACGCAGCGCCGGAUACUUCUGGUGCACUUUCCAGCACAUCGGAGAAAACCGAUUCGCAAUCUGCAGUUUCCGAACCAUUCGUUGAUGCAACUGCAACUGCAGGUACUUCGUCUUCAGCUGGAUUAUAUUCAACUACUUCGCCUCGAGUUGCUUCUUCUUCAGGAAUUUCAUCGUCACGUUAUCAAUCAUCACCAGAAUCACUCUCUUCAUCUUCUCCAUUUUCAUUUGAAAACAAAGCAACUGAGAACAAGUCUUCAAUUGAUUCUAUAAUAACUUCAGCGUUUAAAUUACCAAAUCGCGAACAAGUGGAGAAGUAUUCGUUUCGUGCUGCUGUCCUACUUUGGGACACAAGCGUUUACUUAUACUCUCUCGCCGCAAGAUUGUUCGACGAAUACGUAUUCAAGCAGCCAACUUUGCAACAAUAUUGGGGUACUUUCAAGAUGAAAAUGGAUAAGGCGCGUCAAGAGAUGAAGUCGAAGUAAACUUUUCUCUUUUAGUA